AUGUAUCCGUCGAACGCCGGCAAUCGAAAUUCGUGGAAUCACCAAGAUGACCCGAGAAUGCGGUCUCAAUGGCCGCCAGCAGACGACCGCCUUUCGCAUCGAGGGCGUGAUGAUUCCAACAUCCCGAGCCAUGCUCUUGAAGAUAGGAAUAUGCACCCUACGAUGAUGCCUUCUCAUGGUGUCCAACCUCCGGAUCAAAUGUAUCCACAGCAGCUACCCCCUCCCAGCGAAAUGUGGGCACAGGUGCCUAGAGAACCAAUGAUUCCAGUACCACCCCCAGCCCCAAGACAACGGACUGCAAUUGCCUGCAGGUAUUGCAGGCGUCGAAAGAUACGUUGCUCUGGAUUCGAUUCGUCCGCAGAUGGAAGAUGUGGGAACUGCCUACGCUUCAACCAAGAAUGUGUCUUUACGCCAGUAUCAUCACAGGCACAGGCUUUCGUCCCAGCGCACACCCAGUACCCUCAUCUGAAACAGGGGUUUAUCCCACCAAGGGGUGGGCCAGCACGCCCAGUCGGACAGCUAUACGGUUCUUAUGGUCAACCGCUACCACUUCACGCUGCGCUUCCCCAAUCGACCCAGCAAGGCGACUAUCCUUCCCAUCAUGCUUACGGCCGACCUCCAAGCCCCAACCACACCAACCAAUAUAACCGAUCCUACGACGACCGUCCACCUUCUUUGCCGCCUUUAGCGCCCAACAAUUACCCUCCUCAUAGUCUACAGAGGCGGGGCUCAGCUGGAGACUACCCUGCAUAUUGGCAAGGAGGAAACGCAAACCCGCCAGCAUCGCCUCCAGCAACCCUUCCGCCCCCCAGACAGUACUCACCAUCCCGAAGUGGUAAUUAUAAUAAUGUUUCAUACCCAUCUACUACGUCCUCUGGUCAACAGCACCGUUCUUAUCCGACAGCGGACUAUGAACGCCAAUACAACCAAAACCAAGUUGAAACUUCACAAACGACUGGUUCUACACCACAGCGACGUUUGUCCGACCCCCGGAGCGAGUCACGCAAAGAACAGGGCUACCCUUCUGAAACUGGUGCAUUUCCCUACGGCUCACAGACCUCUCGGCCAGCCGCUGGCCAGCUCCAGUCGCCCCCAAGGUCUUCAUCCGCUGGCCCACCUGCUCCAUCACACCCUAUGCAACUAUCCAAUUUAAUAGACCCCAAUCCUCCCCACCGGUCAGAUGUAGAUGCUCGAAUGCUUAAAUCUCUCCCUUUCAAAACAUGA